AUGUCCGAAGUUGAUAAAUUGGUUAAGAAAGCAUUAAACCUACCAAGAGGUUUUUGUGUGAAAGAUGUCCAUACGCAAAUUCAAGAACGACAUUUAAUAAGUUCCAAUAUCACUCUAAGGGGCGGUACUGAUAUUUCCAUUGGAACAAGUGAUAACGACUA